AUGAAUUCUUACCCCACAGUGCAAUUUAUGGAACCACCGGUGACUGAAAUCAUCGAAAUGGAUAUUGAUGACACUAGUCAAGCACAAUCAUUGACAAGCUCAACAGGUCCUUGGAUGAGAGAGAAAUGUCCGAUGUUUGAUGACUUGUAUCUUGGCCUGGACUAUGAUGUGGAGUAUGAAUCCAUGCCCCUGCAGAUCAGUCAGGAGCUAUAUCUCAGCCCAGAAGACAACUUCAAUGGUGUGAUUGGUGUGCCUGAGCCUUCCCACUGUGCGAGCAGUGAUCCCCCAGGCCAAGUCAUCAGUCCAGCACUGUACCUUGGGCCAGAUGACAUGUCCGAUGAACCCAUGCAAUCUUUGAAUCCAACAACUGCCAAAUGCCUUCCAGCAUGUCCGGCCCUUGACAAUGAAGAGCUCUAA